GCUCAACAGAUCGUUUUUCGUCUUUUCAGCUAUCAAGAACUCUUCUACAUACUACCCUUUCUCCAGAACAUACGGCUACCAAAUCAACGACAAGAGCACAACCAGAAUGGCUGCUUCUAGAAGUGGGGAAGAUUUCAUACACAUGGCAGAGGAGCUGGAUCUCACAGAUCGGGGAGGAAAGCGAGGUGCACGAGGAGGCCGGCCAAAAGCUGGGGGAAGCGGUGGCAGCGGAAGCAGAGGAAAUAGAGCUGGAGGAAGUGGCGGGGGAGAGAUGAAUAGGGAGGUCGCCAUCUCUAAGGCCCUGUCGAAGUUACUGAGGCAUGCCGCUGUGGAUGUUGGCCUGAAACUCGAUCCGGAAGGGUUUGCGAGGGUAGACCAAGUUAUGCAAUGGCAACGUCUGAAGUCACUGCACAUUACAUUCGAGGAUAUCCAAAUAGCCACAACAGAUAACGCUAAGCAACGAUUCUCCAUGAAGCCGAACCCAUCACUGAACCCCCCUCCUGAUCCAAAAUCCGAAACCCCUUCCGACUGGGUUAUACGAGCAAACCAAGGUCAUAGCAUAGCCGUCGACUCAGCAGCCCUGCUCGUCCCCAUCACCAUUGAGGCUGGCAACCUUCCGGAUGUUGUGGUACACGGAACGUAUUUCGGUGUGUAUCAAGCUAUUCUCGCUUCAGGCGGUCUGAAAAAGAUGAGCCGGAAUCAUAUCCAUUUCAGCACAGGUUUACCAGAAGAGAAGCAAGGAGUUAUCAGUGGCAUGAGAAAUGACGCCGAGCUGCUGAUUUACGUCGACAUCAAAAAAAGUCUGGAAGACGGAGGAGUUUUGUGGUGGAUCAGCGAGAACGGCGUCCUCCUGACGGAGGGUGAUGAGAAUGGCAUUCUGGGUACGAAAUACUGGAAAAGAGUCGAAGGCAGAAAGCAGGACAUUGGCAUCCUCUGGGACAAUGGUGAGCAGGUUAGAGAGCUGCCCCAUAAUUUAAGGAACAAGAAGCCGCCGCACGGAAAAGGGCCUGUGCCAAAUGGCAAGGAGAAACUUGCGAAAAUCGAUGCAAAGGGGAAGGGAAAGUUCAUAAGAGCUCCGGACAGAUCAUUUGGAGAAGACCCCCAAGAAGCAAAUGGAUCAUAGACUCUAUCAAGAAUGAAAUCUCAUCGAACCCA